AUGGAUAGAGUACGAGGAGGUACAUGGAUAUACCACGAAAAUUGUUGUAAGGAAAUUGAGGGCAUAAUGGCCAGGUUCGGAUUGCCGGAUACCAUUGUAUCUGAUGGAGGACCUGCCUUUUUUAGCAAAAAUUUCAAGCAGUUUUGUAAAGAGUCUAGGAUUCGACACAUUUUGACCCUGCCCUAUCAUCCCAGCUCAAAUGGUCAAGCUGAGAGGAUGGAGGGAGUGACACCUGCUGAAUUGUUUUUGGGCCGGAGGACUAGGGUUCCCCUAGAUUUUCUAAGGGCCGAGAGUCACGAGAAGGGAGUUCUGGAGGACCGAAAGAUUAGGUUUGAAGUUGGAGAAAAAGUAUGGACUCGUUUGUUUGACGGGAGGGGCAGAAAAUGGGCCAAGGGCAUUGUUGGGGAAAACAGAGGUUCAAAGUUGAAUUUGGUUCAAUUAGAAAUGGGCGGCACAGUUAUGCGCCACAAUGAUCAUAUACGACCCAGGGAUUAG